GAGGGGGGAGGUUGGCUGCAAGGUUUGAAUAGGGAAGUUUACAGAGAGCCAGAUCUUGCAGUUAGUUCAGUGUUUGCAAAUAGAGUGGCAACAGUGGGAGAAUAGCGGUUCAGGGAACGGGAAGCAACAACAUUUAACUGAUGUGCAAUUGCAUGUGAAAGUACACUAAGUUCACUUGCUGUAACGAAUACAGACAUUUCCUGAAUCUUUUUGAUAUAUAGCCUGUAGCUAGUUACAUCUGGGAAUAAAAUGGAUGUUCUACCUAUGUGCAGCAUCUUUCAAGAGCUUCAGAUCGUUCAUGACACGGGGUAUUUUUCUGCUUUACCAUCCCUUGAAGAGUACUGGCAGCAGACGUGUCUGGAGCUGGAACGGUAUCUUCAGAGCGAGCCAUAUGUCUCUCCCCCGGAUAUCAAGUUCGACAGCCAGGAGGACCUCUGGAGCAAACUCAUCCUGGCUUGCGGAGACAAAGGGGAUUCCGACCCAAAGAUCCCGUACAUAAAAGAAGAGGACAAUCAGGACAGCCAAAUUCUGGAGACCAACAGCGUAAGCUCCGACGCCAGCAGUGAAGCUUCGGACAGCUCCGAGGAGCUCUCCCCGACGCACAGCUUUACCUCCAACCCUUUGAACGCCGUUCUGGUCAACUCCGGACACUUGAGCUCUUCCGUCAUCAGCACUCCGCCGUCCUCUCCGGAAAUCGGCGUGGAGUCCUCCGUCCCAAAGGUCUGGAGUGCCGUGCAGGCGGAAUUGCACUUGCCGGGAAAAAUCCGAGCCGGCGGCGUCGGGAAGGCCGCGGACAAGACCGGCGUGGCCAACGGGGAGGCUUCGCCGGACGGCAGGAGACGUGUUCACAGGUGUCACUUCAACGGAUGCCGGAAGGUUUACACGAAAAGUUCCCACUUGAAAGCACACCAGCGCACGCAUACAGGUGAAAAGCCUUACAGGUGUUCUUGGGAAGGCUGUGUGUGGCGUUUUGCACGAAGCGAUGAGUUAACCCGGCACUUCAGGAAGCACACUGGGGCAAAGCCAUUUAAAUGCAGUCACUGUGACAGGUGUUUCUCCAGGUCCGACCAUUUGGCUCUGCAUAUGAAGAGACACAUCUGAGUGGGUCAGACGACGGUCAAGGGGAAAUCGUGUUUCCCGCCCAGAUUCGAGGUUGACGUGCCCUGAGAGGAAGGGGAGUGUGUCCCAGCCAAAGCGUGCCAUUUUGCACCAUCCUCAGUGCCUGCAGGACCUCUUGAAGAAGCUGUUCUGAAGGUUGUUGAAGCGAAAAAAAAAAAUAUAUAAAAAAAAAAACAAAAAAAAGACAAAAAAAAAUCAUGUAUGAAGCAGAGAAGCGCAAGGGGGAUAAUAUUUUUUUUUUUUAAGAGAGGAAAAUGUGUGUGUAUGGUGCAUGAUAUUCUCGGACGCUUGCGUUGGUAUCGAACCCGUCCGGCCCUCCCGAGACGGCGAGCGGAGCGGAAAAAAGGGCUCGGAGAACGCUCGGCCGGGCGGGAGUCCUUGUGAGCGAGGAGGUACCGGUGACGCUUUGGGCUGAGUGGUGGAGAGGAACAAGUCCCCGUGUUUGUUCCCUUGUGGUCGUGAGUAGAAAUCCAGUCUGCGUGUUGGUGAGUGCAGCAGUGAGCGUGGACUUGCGG